UUGUAUUUUACUUUUUCAUAUUUAAUUGUAUAAGAGAUGACGAAUAAUUAGGAGCUGUACCAUUAAUUGCUUUGUGAGUGAUUAUAAUAACUUUAAGGCGCAUUCUAAAACUGUAUAGUUGAUUAUUGUGGGAUAAACACGAACAGAUAAAUGCAAAACUCAUUGACUUUGACACCACCCGGCUUCGAAUGAUUCAACGUGUCAAGAAGGCAAGCGAAAAUUGGUCCAUCCGAAUACAUGCUCUCUAAAAUCGUCUUAAUGUAUCUUGAGACGAGGCCACAUUUGCUGAUGGAAAUAUUCUCAGAUGCCAAUCAAAUCGGAAAAACUUCUCUCCCCUUCCCUCCCCCCUCCGAAGCAAAUACCCUCUGGGCAAAAAUGCGAAUCAUUUCCUGCACUUCUAGGAGAUCUUUUACAUGAUGACGUUUUACACGAUCUUUUACAUGAUGACGUUUUACACGAUCUUUUACAUGAUGACUUUUUACACGAUCUUUUACAUAAUGACAUCCAUGACAGUACCAAAUGCAUAUCCUCAGUGAUUAAUCAAACUGAAAUAAAAAGUACAUUUAUGAACAUAACUCGCCCCAAAAGUCUCGGAAUUGCUAAGACUGGCAACUUGAUCUGCAAAACAAUAAAAUUUAUUCAUCAGUAUUAAUGUCGAUAACUGUAGUGUGAAAUUGAAUCUGUUAAUAUGCGCAAGUAGUUUACGACCUCAAAAAACUGCUGUAUCCUAUUUUGUCUGUUGUAAAUGUAUUGUCUUACAAGCAAACCUUAGUAAAAACUCUAAGUUUCCCAAGCGUGUGUUUUGUGAAAUGGCUAAUGAGGUAUCCAUGAUGAAUACUGACACUAAAGUUUAUCACGCUGCUCGCGACGGUUCUCCUGAUCUGAAAGGUCUCUUGAAGCGGCUGACGGCUGACAAACAAAAAACUGCUUUGAAAACAGAGACAAAAGAUGGCGGCCACUCUGUCACUCCUCUCAUCAUCGCUGCUUUUAAUGGACACCUGGAUUCGGUGAAGAUCCUUUUAAAGUACGGAGCAGACAUCGAUGCUAAGGGAACGCUCAUGGUAGAAGACUUAGCUUUUGAGAAUACGGCUUUGUUUGCUGCUGCUUAUAACCGCCAUCUUGCUGUUGUAAAAUUCCUAAUCAAACAAAAUGCAGACAUUGACGCUCGAGGAUCGGUAACAUAUGAGGACGGAUCAGUUCUUAAGGAUUUCUCGCCUUUGUUUGCCGCUAUAUCUAUCAAAGAACUUGAUGUUGUGAAAAUAUUAAUCGAGCGACAUGCAGACAUCGAGGCUCGAUCAACGCUAAACAUUGAUGAAUUUGUUUUUGAGGGUCUUACUCCCUUGAUCUUCGCAGCUCUUCAUGAUACACUUGAUGUUAUGAAACUGUUAAUCGAACGAAAUGCAGACAUCGAGGCUCGAGCAACGGUAAAGACUGAUGAAGAACUUUUUGAACUUUUUGAGGGUUUUACACCCUUGAUAAUCGCAGCUCUGUAUGAUAAACCUGAUGUCAUGAAACUGUUAAUCGAACGAAAUGCAGACAUCGAGGCUCGAGCAACGGUAAAGACUAAUGAAGUACUUUUUGAGGGCUGUACACCCUUGAUCGUCGCAGCUCUGUAUGAUAAACAUGAUGUUAUGAAACUGUUAAUCGAACAAAAUGCAGACAUCGAGGCUCGAGCAACGGUAAAGACUGAUAAAGAACUUUUUGAGGGUUGUACACCCUUGAUCGUCGCAGCUCUGUAUGAUAAACCUGAUGUUAUGAAACUGUUAAUCGAA